AUGGCUCUGGAGAAGCCGGUAGUGAUCGGCUGUAGCACGGUGAAGAGAAAGAUCCUGAUGCUGGCUCUAGGCAUUGAAGAGGGGGAGGCCUCGGACUUCUCGCUGGCCUGGGAUUCCUCCGUGACUGCAUCAGGAGGCCUGGAAGGAGAGCCUGAGUGUGAUCGGAAAACCAGCCGUGCGCUGGAAGACAGGAACAGCGUGACAAGUCAAGAGGAGAGAAAUGAGGACGAUGAAGACAUGGAGGAUGAGUCAAUUUACACCUGCGAUCACUGUCAGCAGGACUUCGAGUGUCUGGCAGACCUGACGGACCACCGGGCCCACCGCUGUCCUGGAGGUAAUGCUAAAUAGCGCCGGGAUUCUGA